AUGACGAGGCAUGUCAAGGUUAAAAGCAUUCAAAUACUUCAUGUCAAGAUUAAAGGAAUUCCAACACUCCCUACGACGAGGCAUAUCAAUAUUAAUGGAAUUCCUACACUCUCUAUGAAAGGGGCAUGUCAAGAUUAUAGGAAUUCCAUCACUACCAACAAGGGACCAGAUCAGGAUUAUAGGAAUUCCAUCACUACCAACAAGGGACCAGAUCAGGAUUAUAGUAAUUCCAUCGCUACCAACGAGGGACCAGAUCAGAAUUAUAGUAAUUCCAUCACUACCAACGAGGGACCAGAUCAGGAUUAUAGGAAUUCCAUCACUACCAACAAGGGACCAGAUCAGGAUUAUAGUAAUUCCAUCACUACCAACGAGGGACCAGAUCAGGAUUAUAGUAAUUCCAUCACUACCAACGAGGGACCAGAUCAGGAUUAUAGGAAUUCCAUCACUACCAACGAGGGACCAGAUCAGGAUUAUAGUAAUUCCAUCAUUACCAACGAGGGACCAGAUCAGGAUUAUAGGAAUUCCAUCACUACCAACGAGGGACCAGAUCAGGAUUAUAGGAAUUCCAUCACUACCAACGAGGGACCAGAUCAGGAUUAUAGUAAUUCCAUCAUUACCAACGAGGGACCAGAUCAGGAUUAUAGUAAUUCCAUCAUUACCAACGAGGGACCAGAUCAGGAUUAUAGGAAUUCCAUCACUACCAACGAGGGACCAGAUCAGGAUUAUAGUAAUUCCAUCAUUACCAACGAGGGACCAGAUCAGGAUUAUAGUAAUUCCAUCAUUACCAACGAGGGACCAGAUCAGGAUUAUAGGAAUUCCAUCACUACCAACGAGGGACCAGAUCAGGAUUAUAGGAAUUCCAUCACUACCAACGAGGGACCAGAUCAGGAUUAUAGUAAUUCCAUCGUUACCAACGAGGGACCAGAUCAGGAUUAUAGGAAUUCCAUCACUACCAACGAGAGACCAGAUCAGGAUUAUAGGAAUUCCAUCACUACCAACGAGGGACCAGAUCAGGAUUAUAGGAAUUCCAUCACUACCAACGAGGGACCAGAUCAGGAUUAUAGUAAUUCCAUCACUACCAACGAGGGACCAGAUCAGGAUUAUAGGAAUUCCAUCACUACCAACGAGGGACCAGAUCAGGAUUAUAGGAAUUCCAUCGCUACCAACGAGGGACCAGAUCAGGAUUAUAGUAUUUCCAUCACUACCAACGAGGGACCAGAUCAGGAUUAUAGGAAUUUCAUCACUACCAACGAGGGACCAGAUCAGGAUUAUAGGAAUUCCAUCACUACCAACGAGGGACCAGAUCAGGAUUAUAGGAAUUCCAUCACUACCAACGAGGGACCAGAUCAGGAUUAUAGUAAUUCCAUCACUACCAACGAGGGACCAGAUCAGGAUUAA